UUAUGUGUUCUUGUGUUCUUGUUAUUAUAAAUUUUAUUUUAUGUGUUUGAUUUUUGUUUCAAAAUGUUCUCUAACACAAUUUCUGUUAGUGGAGGGCAUAAUUAUGAUUUUGAAAAAGAAGAAAAUGCGCUUAAAUGGCGUGGUGUAUUUGUAAACGCUUUAAAAAAGGUCCUUGAGCAAGUUCAUCCUUCUCUUGCCGUUCGAGAUGACGCAUUGGAUUACGUCGAAGGUUUAUGUUUAAGACUUUUGGCAAUGCUUUGUGCUAAACCACCGCCACAUACAGUACAAGAUGUUGAAGAAAGAGUUCGUAGAACUUUUCCAACGCCUAUAGACCGCUGGGCAUUGACUGAUGCGAGAGAAGCUUUAGACCGAGGCAAGAAAAAAUCAGUCCUUCCAGUAGAUAAAGUUCAUCAUUUAUUGCAAAAGGAAGUGCUACUCUACAAAGUAGAUAGUAAUGUGUCACAUUAUUUAGUCGCAGUACUGGAAUAUAUAAGUGCUGAUAUUUUAAAACUUGCUGGAAAUUAUGUUAAAAAUAUACAUCAUGUUGAAAUCAGUUGUCAAGAUAUCAAAGUUGCUAUGUGUGCUGAUAAGGUGCUAAUGGAUAUGUUUUAUCAAGAUGAAGGUCCAAGUACAAUGGCAAGUUCAUUAUUACAGGGCGAACCAAUUACACCACGAACGUCACUCACUUAUGAAGAGAUGGUAAAAGAUUUAAUUCAUGAGGAAAAGCAAUAUUUACGUGACUUACACAUGAUUAUUAAAGUAUUUAGAGAGGAAAUUGCUAAAUUAGUUACAGAUCCUAAGGAUCUCGAUGCAUUAUUUUCCAAUAUAAUGGAUAUUUAUGAAUUAACUGUAACAUUAUUAGGAAGUUUGGAAGAUGUUAUAGAAAUGUCCGAAGAACAACAAUUACCGUAUAUUGGCAGUUGUUUUGAAGAAUUAGCUGAAGCAGCUGAAUUCGAUGUAUAUAGUAAAUAUGCAAAUGAUAUUGUAGCAAAUAGUUCGCGAGAUGCUCUUAAUAGACUUUUAAUGAAACCAGAAGUUUGCGAUGCCUUACAAUCAGCUGGGCAUGGUUUUAAAGAAGCUGUAAAGUAUUAUUUACCAAAAUUAUUGUUAGGGCCAAUUUGGCAUUGUUUUUUAUAUUUUGAAUAUAAUAAAAUUUUACUCAAGUUGACACCAUUGCCAGAAGAUAAAGAAAGUUUACAACAAGUUGAAGGUUUAUUAACACCUUUACAAUUAGAAUUAUUAAAAAUUUGUGAAAACCUUCAAAAGAAGGAUACAAGUGUGCGUAUGCAUGGAAGAGCUAGAAGAGCAGCUGCCGCUGUUGAAAAAUUGCAUGAAUUACAAAGGAUAGUUGAUAAUUGGGAAACUAAAGAUAUUGGACAAUGUUGUAAUGAAUUUAUAAGAGAGGAUAUACUCACCAAAGUGAGUUCUGGAAAACGCUUAACAGAACGGAGGGUAUUUUUGUUUGAUGGAUUAUUAAUAUUAUGUAAACCAAAUUCAAGAAGGCAGUCAUCGGUAUACCAAAGUCAUCCAGAAUGUAAACUUAAAGAACGAUUUUUUAUUAGAAAAGUUGAAAUAAUUGAUCAUCAAGAUUCUGAAGAUUUAAAAUAUGCUUUUGAAAUAGCACCACGUAUACAACCAAAUGUGAUAUUAAUGGCUAAAUCAUCUGAAGAAAAGAAUAAUUGGAUGGCAGAUUUAAUAAUGUUAAAUACAAAAUCAAUGUUAGAACGAACUUUAGAUAGUAUAUUAUUAGAUAUUGAAAAGAAACAUCCAUUACGGCUACCUAGCCCAGAAAUUUACAAAUUUGCUGAACCAGAUAGUAAAGAUAAUAUUAUACUCGAGCAAAGAGAAAAUGGUGGUGUGCCAUUAAUUAAGGGUGCGACAUUAUAUAAAUUAGUUGAACGUUUAACGUAUCAUAUAUAUGCAGAUCCAAUGUUUGUACGUACUUUCCUAACAACAUAUCGAAGUUUUUGUCAACCAAGUGAACUUUUACAAUUGCUAAUUGAACGCUUUAAUAUUCCUGAUCCCAGUAUUGUAUAUGAGUCCGAUAAAAAUAGUGAUAGUUUAGAAACAGAUAAAUUUCAAAAAAAUUCACAACGUGAAGAUUGGAAACGAUAUCGAAAAGAGUAUUGUCAACCUGUACAAUUUCGUGUUUUAAAUGUCUUACGACAUUGGGUCGAUCAUCAUUUUUAUGAUUUUGAACGUGAUGCAACUCUUUUAGAAAAUUUACAUGCAUUUUUGGAUCGAGUCACAGGUAAAAGUAUGCGAAAAUGGGUUGAUUCUGUACUGAAAAUAGUCCAACGUAAAUGUGAACCUAAAGAUGUUCAACGACAAAUUACAUUUGCGUUUGAUGGACAACCGCCUCCAAUUGAAUGGUACAUUAAAGGUCCUGAAGAGACAUGGAAUAUACUUACAUUACAUCCUUUAGAAAUAGCAAGACAGCUCACUUUACUUGAAUUUGAGUUAUAUCGAUCCGUAAAACCAUCAGAACUCGUUGGCUCUGUAUGGACUAAGAAAAAUAAAGAAACUACCAGUCCGAAUUUAUUAAAAAUUAUGAAACAUACAACAAAUUUUACAAGAUGGCUCGAAAAAAAUAUUGUAGAGACAGAAAAUUUUGAAGAACGAGUUGCAAUUGUUUCACGAAUCAUUGAAAUUAUGAUUGUUUUACAAGAUUUAAAUAAUUUUAAUGGAGUCUUAGCUGUAGUUUCGGCUAUGCUUUCUGCAUCUGUUUAUCGUCUCAAAUGUACAUUUCAAGCUCUACCAGCACGAUUAGAGAAAGCAUUAGAAGAAUGUCGAGAUUUAAAUAAUGAUCAUUAUCGAAAAUAUCAAGAAAAAUUGCGAUCAAUAAAUCCACCUUGUGUACCGUUUUUUGGAAUGUAUUUAACAAAUAUUCUUCACAUUGAAGAAGGUAAUUCAGAUUUUUUGCCAAAUACUCAAUUAAUAAAUUUUUCAAAGCGAAGAAAAGUUGCUGAAAUUACUGGUGAAAUUCAACAAUAUCAAAAUCAGCCAUAUUGCUUAUCGGUUGAACCACGAAUUAGGCAUUUUUUGGAAACUCUAAAUCCGUUUGAUGAUAUGAAAGACACUGAUAUUAGUAAUUAUUUGUAUAAUAAAAGUUUACAAAUUGAACCCCGAGGAUGUAAACAACCGCCAAGAUUUCAAAGAAAAUGGCCAGAUUUAAAUUUGAAAUCACCGGGUAUAAAACCACGUGCUGCUCGAACCCAACAAUCAACAAGUUCGUCUCUUUCAUUCCCAAAUACGUUGACAGAAGGAUUAUCUGGAGUUGUUCCUAGUCUUCAAUCAAAUAUUAAUCUAAUUAGUGGUGCAUCAUCGUUAAAUUUAAUAUCAAAUUCAAUUAUGAAAAGUGGUGAUAUUUCCUCAAAAGAAUCUUCAGAUUCACUGAAAACAUCUGAUUUAUUGAAUAGUUCAUCAAUAACAAAUAGCACCAUCGGUAGCGGAACGCUAAGUGGUGAAGAAGAAACUCCACCAUCCUCAGCCAACCAUCAAGGGCAAGAUUAUAGUGUGUUUGCUUCAAUUAUGAUAGGUUCAAAUGCCAUAAGUUCAAAUACAGUUUUACAUCAACUCAGUCCAACAUUACCUCUAAAUCAAUUUUCUACAACAAUAUCGAGCAAUAGUAGUCAAACGACAUCACAAAUAUCAACAACGACCGUCACACAAUCAAACUCAACAAACAGUUUAACGAAUACUAUUUCAAAUUGGUUACAAUCAAAUAUAAAUCCAUCAUCGAACAACAAAGAGAAUAAUGUUGUAGUGAGUCAUAGUCGUAAUCCCAGUGUUAGUUCAAAUAUCAUGAUACCACCACCAAAUGAGAUAACAAGGCCAUCUACAUCGAAUCAAACCACAACCGUGUCGCCGAUACAAAUGUUUCCAACACACGCGUUAAUUAAUCCUCGACCUAUUCCACAACAACAACCCACGCAGCAGCUGCAGCAACAACCACAACCGCCUGUGAUUAGUCCACGUUUACAACAAACAAAUUUAAGUAGUCCCAGAUUCCAUGUGAAAAUACUUAAUGAUCCUAAUAAUGUGUCUACAAAUCCUGUUAUGAAUGCGUUAAGUAAUAUCACUCAACAUAUUACAAGUGUUAGUCAUAUACCGUCAAAUCCUACGUACAAUAGUGGGACGUGUCCAAAUAGUCCAAGUUUUAUUCAACAUAGUCCAAAUGAUGCCAAAUUACCGCUGAAAUCACCAGGAUUGGUAAAUGUUGAACCAAGUAGUCCAAAAUUGUUGAUUAAUUCGACAAAUUAUAAUCUUCCCCCGGGUACUCCUCCACCAUUACCGCCAAGAUUACGAAGGAGAGAAAGUUCUGCAUCGGAAAUAAGUUCUCCACAGCAACUUAAACAAGCACCUGAUGCUCCAUUAUUACCUCCACGUGAUUGUAGUCCACCUCCGCUUCCACCACGUUUAGGCACACCAGCAUCAUUUCAUGGUUCAAGUGCAUCUCUUCAUAACACAUCAUCUAGUCUAACACAACAUAAUUUAAGUUUACAUAAUUCCACAUUUGAAAAGCAAAAUUUUGGAUUUAACAUGAAUAGUUCAAUGACAUUAACACCGUUAAAUCCAACACACACAAGUACUAUUUUAAUGAGACGAAAUUCAGCGCUUGAUGCUAAAGUCAAUGCUGCUGCAUCGUCAUCAGCAACCGAUAAACCUACUGAAGUUCCAGUUCCUACAAGGCGUCAAUUUGUGCCAAAUACUAAUGGAGUUAGUCCAACAAAUAUACAGCCUCCAAAUGUAUCCCCAAGAUUUUCAACAAAUUGUGAUGUGAAUCAAACAACACCGAAAUUACCACCUAAACCAAAUUUACGACCGUCGAACAGUCAAACUGUGUCAAUGUUUAAAUAUCCUAGUACAACGCAUAGUUAGAAAAAUAAGUGGAUUUUUUAUUGGGUGAUAAUAAUCCGUUCAAUAUAAUUAAAAAUCAAAAUUAAUUGAUAUUAUUCUAAUGUGUUGAUGGUAAUGAUUCAGAUUUAACAUCAUCAUAUUUCUUCUGGAUACAACCAUAAAAUGCAUGUCAAAUGCAUGCGACAAGAAGAAGUUGUAUAAAAUAUUGGUAAAAGUGAAAGCGUAGCAAGUAAAAAGAAUAUUUUCUUCAAACAGCGUAUAAUUUAAUAAAAAAUCGUUUAUCCGAGUACUAAAAUAUUUAUUACGAUAAUUCCUAGAGUCCUACUAUACUGUCAAAAAAUAAUUUG